AGUCUUCACUCUGACCUCUCCUCCUUGCAGGCUGCAGAAGAUGUCAAUGUCACUUUUGAAGACCAACAGAAAAUCAACAAGUUUGCCAGAAAUACCAGCAGGAUCACAGAGCUGAAAGAAGAAAUAGAGGUGAAAAAGAAACAGCUUCAAAACUUGGAAGAUGCCUGUGAUGACAUCAUGCUGCUGGAUGAUGCUGACUCCCUCCUGAUCCCCUACCAGAUUGGAGAUGUCUUCAUCAGCCAUUCCCAGGAGGAGACACAGGAGAUGCUGGAGGAGGCAAAGAGAAGUUUGCAAGAAGAAAUUGAAGCCUUAGAGUCCCGGGUGGAGUCAAUUCAGCGGGUCUUGUCUGACCUCAAAGUUCAGCUCUAUGCCAAGUUUGGAAAUAACAUAAACCUUGAGGCUGAGGACAGUUAAAGAUUUCCUACACACCCCAUACAACCUUUCCUUGCUUGUUACAUGUUUUGAUAUCAUUGUUCCAAUUACAACUGAAAAAAAAAUCCA